AUGGCUUCAAGUGUAGCAGAGCCGCAUCUUAGUCAUGUCAACACGACGUACCAGGCCGUAUCCCAUGGCCAGAAGCCCCGACUCAACGACGUCAUGACGCUGACUGUCUGCGCCCAGUUUCAGAUUCGCUACGCCUGUGGUCACUCGGCAGGUGGCGAGUUCGUCAAAUGUCAACGGCACAUGAGAAAAGAGGAUGAACGCUGCAUUAGCCGUCAUAUCCGGCACAUCGAUGUCAAGCAAUCAACCCACAAAUGUCGCCUAUGCCUGCGCAGUGAAUGA